AUGUCGCUUCUCAUAGUAGUCGCCAAGGCUGCCCAGUUCACCGAUGAUUUUCUGACGGCGCUGUUGGUCCCUCUCAUUCCCACCAUCCUGGAAACCAGAGCGGGAGUACACCACAAGCAUGUGCAGUUUUGGACAUCGAUCCUUAUCUCAACAUAUGGUGGCACAUUCGCAGCGGUAUCUUCAUCCGUCCCCUACCUUACCCGCCAAGGCCCCCUUCUUUGGGUCCUCCUGUUCGGCGGGCUUGCUCUAGCGGCGGGCUCCUUUGUCCUGCUUCAAUUCUACCGCAAUCUAUUCUUCCUCGUCCUCUCACGCGCCCUACACGGUAUCGCAGGUGUGGCCAUCGCGAGAGCCAGCUCCAGCUUGGUUGCCGGUGUGGUCUUGACUGCUAGCGAAGACGAUGAAGAGGACAGAGGCGACGACGAAACUGCUGCUGUCGACGUGCUGACAUGGAUGACACCGGCGUUUAUCCAGAAUUUCGCCAUCUCGGUCGGCCCGGUGUCUGCAGGAUUGCUGCAUGGUUUCUUUGGUGGGCAGGCGGCUGUCUUUACACUGGCUUAUGCCGUUAUUGCGUUGACGGUUGUGUUUGGAAGUCUCGUAGCGGUGUUACUGCCGCCGGGCAGAUAUCCCAGGGCAAGAGGCGAUCGACGCGAGGCAGAGGGUCUCCUUGCCUCUAGAGAUGAUUCGCGAAACUAUGGAACUCUCUCCUCCGGCGGGGGGUAUUCCUCGAGAGAAGUGUCUCCCUGCCAUGUCUCCAGCCGAUCGAUCAGACGGCUCAGCCUAGCGGCCUCCGAAGUUACUGGUACUCAAGAGGGAGUGCUGACGCCCUCCGUAUUGCGACUUAUUGUGCCCAUGGGAGGAUACAUCGCACUUAGCCUGAUCGGAUCAGCGCUACAAAGUGUGCUACCGAUUUUCGUACAGCGAACAUUCGAAUGGCCCAUGGCUGCCAGCGGCUUCGUCUUCGUCCCCCUUUCGGCUCCGGCGGCUUUGGUCGGCCUCUUGACGAUCCCGCUUACGGCACGGUACGCGCAGGCUUCUCGAUUGCUAACAGCAUUUGGUUUCAUUGCGGCUGCUCCGGCUUUCACUUGUCUAGGCGGGUUGACCCAGAACAAGAUGACCGUUCAGACGGCACUACUGGCUACCCUUGGCUGGAUCUCUGUAGCGUUCGGUCUCUGCGGCGAGCCGUUAGUGAAGGAGAUUCUCGAUGCAGUCGCCGGUGGAGAGGAUGUAAUUGGAACGGGUGGCCUGUCAACUGGCGCAGCAAAGGCUGAAAGUCUACCCAGUCUCGCCAAUGCCUGGGGCAGUUUUGUUGGCCCGCUUCUUGUUGUAGCCGUUAUGGGAGUUUCGGGAUGGGGAGGGCUGACUACAACGCUUUCAUGGGUGUGCGGGUGCGCAGGACUAACCGCAUUAUUCUUCUUGGGCGGGCUGCUCACCGAAGCAAAUUUUGAGAGCGCCGGAACAUCGUCAGCAGAUUCGUCUGACGAGGAGGCAGCACCUCUGUUGGACAAGGGCGAUCCGCCGGACAGGUCGCCUUACUACCAAGAUCCACAUACAAGCCAUAGUGGAGGUCUUGACAAGCUUCAUCACGAAAUUCUCCAUGCACCCAAAACGGAGCAGAGCAACUUGACAUGGGGAUCGAGCAGCUCCUCCACAACCAAGGCUCGUCGCCGACACUUUAGCGUAGACAACUUUUCCCUCGCAAACACCACGCAGUCCACGCUGCCACCGGGCGAAGGUUUCCAGUCAGACGGCUCAACAGCCUCCCAACUCCGCUUUCAAGCAUCCUUCGAGACCGACUUACCGAUCCCGGCACGUCUCCAGAACCCCGAGCAUCGCCUCCUUAUGAAGAUGGUUCCUCACCUGCCGGAGACAGAUCCGCUCCUGGUUACUGGAAACCGCUACGCGGUUGAUCAAUCCUCGAAACAGUCAAACAAGAACGGCGACGAAGAAUCCGUGGACUCUAAAAGCAAGAAGCACGUGGUGGUGUUCGAAGAGGGCGCGGCCCCGCCUGAGCUGCUCCAAAGCCGACCGCAUUACAUCGUAGCCAUCAAUCGCGAUGGUUCGCCUGAGGUGUUGUCGAAGGCUGAUCCGAAGUUACAUGAUCUUGCAAUGCACAUCUCGGAGGAGACGACAGACGAAACGGCCGAGCAAGAGUUACCGGAGGGGUCGAGGCGGUAUGUGGUAGUCGUGCUGAACGAAGGUGAGACGGGGCUGGAACUGACUGAUUGA